AUGGAGAACGAAAGUUUUGUAAGAUUUGAAGAUAAGGAAUCGGGAAAGGUUUACUACUAUCCCAGAGGGAAAUCUUUUGCCGAUACCAGUUUUCUGUAUUUGGAGUGUUUUGAUCAAGAAAAACAAAAGAAAUAUUAUCUUAAUCAAGCUUACGGGAAAGUUUUGUGGGAAUUGCCUGUUAUGGAUUUUGAAAAAGUUGAGAAGGAGACUGCUGAAUUGUUGCAACAACAGCAGUCUCAACAAAGAUCACCAACAACAGCCGGAUCCUCUACCUCAUCACCAACAACAACCAAUGCAACAAUUUCUUCAACACCUGCCGCAACAACAAACAAUACAUCAGCAACUAAUGCCACGACACGAACCUCAAUCGAUAAGAGCACACGUACUUCAAUGGACAAGACUGAUAUCAAUUCGUCCAAACAAGAGCCUCCAAAGACGCCAACAACUCCUAGAGAGAUCAGCUCACCCCACGUUGAAUCGAAAACUCCUGCUCAGGAGGAGCGAAAGUCUCUCGACAAGAAAAAUGACAGCACUCCUCCACCGCCAACUUCACACAAAGAAAAUAAGUCUAAUUUCAAGGCAGGCCUUAAAUCCAUUUUCUCGCAAAAGUCAUUUAUAUCUAGGGCUUCAUUUUCUACUGGAAAUAAUUACAAUGAAACAGUUUCUAGGGCUUCAUUUUCUUCUGGAAAUAAUAACAACGACGCAGUUUCUAGAGCUUCAUUUUCAUCUUCUACAAGUAAUGAAGGAGGUUCAAGAGGUUCUUUUGCUGGAGAAGCAGAAAGUGAAGUAGGAGACGAUGAUUUUUCAGAUUUCGCAACUGCAAAUAUUGCUCAGCCAGUUUCCACAGAUCCAAAGCCGAAAAUGAAGUUUGAAAGAGUCACAAGCGAGGCAUCACUGGGACUAGCUCCAAAUACUCCAGAAAAGCCAAAAGCACAAACUAUGCGAGGUACUUUGUUUCUAAAAAGGGAUUCUAUUGUCGAGAUUGAGAAUUCAGGUCCUGUAAAGCAAAAACGAGGAGAACUAGAAGCAUCUAUAGAGAGUAGUUUAUUUACUGGUGUAGGAAUGGGAACUGUGAAAGUAUUAGCAGCUGUAGAAGGAAUAGUGGCAGGAUCAAGUUCCAAGAAGAAGGACAAGAAAGAUAACAUCAUUAUGGCUGUAGCAAGAGACUGGUGUGGGUCUUAUAUGGUUGCAACAAUAAGUAACAUGAGAACAGGACUUUCAUUCUCUGGAAAUGCAAGAUCCGUCACAAAAACCUACUCUCUUGCCGAUAAUUUUAACAUCAAAACAUUAGAACCUGGAAGCACCGUAAAGUUUGAACUAAGCAUUGAUGGAGAUAAGGAAAUAUAUUUUAUGAAUCAAAAAUCUUUGAAAAAGUUACAAAAAGCUCUCAACUUUACGUAUCUGAAAAUUCAUGAACACAAGGCCGAUGAGGAUAUUUUGAACAUGAGAUUGGCUAGUGUGGAAUUUGCUGAAUCCACAUGCCCUACCAGUUAUUCAUCAGAAGAUGUACAAAACUUGAUAUCAUUGACAUUUGAUGCAAAAAAAAUCAUUCCAGAAGAUGUUAUUACUCUAAGAUCCAUGAUAAGAAAGUCGGCUAAUAGAAAAAUAUUACUUCAAGCAUUACAGCAACGCCUAGAAAAUAUUUCUGCUAAUGAUGAGAAAGAAAUUUCAAUGAUUUUAGAAUUAUUCAACGAGGCAAUUAUUUGUCCUGUAAAAUGUGAAGGAGGCUUGGAGCAAAAAAUUAGGGAUAGACUGCUCUCUCUGAGAGGGUUUAUGAAAGAUGGAGAGGUAGCAGAAAAAGUGGAUUUGGUGAUUGAUCAAAUACAAGUCCUUAUGUCCGUCUUAGAAAAUUGGCAAGGAAGAGGCAAGUUGCCAGAUGUACCAUUCCCUCCCGAAUUCUUGGGUGGCCCAACAAGUGACAUUGGAAAAAAGAAAAUGGAAAAGCAAAGCCAAAUUAUCAAAGAAAAUAUUUCCAAAUAUUUCAAUGGAGUUUUCUUAAGCGUAAUAUAUUACACUGAUACUCACAUACUCAUGGACAGCUCGAACAUGCUUCCUUCAGAAAAACUGAGGUUUCCAUAUGCAUCGAUUUCUAAUAUUUCAACAGAUUCUGCAGAUUUUCAGUGGUUAUUGGAUUUGGGUAAAAACUGGUCAGAAUUGAUUUCAAAUUAUGAUGAUCCUUCCGAAAAUAUUUUCCCUUCCAUCAAGCUAGAUAUGAUUCGAGCAGGGAAAAAGUUAAAAUCGAUAUUCAAUAUUAGUUUGGGGGUCUUAUAUGACAGAGUGGUAGAUGUGAAAGAAACAAAAGUAGCUAUGUUAGUGACAUGUAAAUAUUUGGAGGACAGAUCCUUAAUUACCCAUCCAAAUUAUGUUUGGGAGGAGAGAACUGUGUUUGAACAUCGCUUGUAUCAAGGUCUCGGAAUAUUAAGCCAUUAUAACGAACGAAUUGAGAGAUUGUCUGAUUCUUUCUAUGGACCAAGAUUCAUUGAAAACGUUAUCAACUUUUCAAAACAAAUGUCGUCCACAAAACCUCUCGACGAUGGUGUUUAUGUAGGAUACUUUCGGUGGUGUUGGUCAUCGAAAUGUGAUUUCAGACUGUUGCUUGAUGAAAACAAGCGAAUGAUGAUUCCACAUGUCAGGAUCACUAGGGGCGUUUUGGAAAAAGACAAGUCAGAAUGGAUACAAACUAUUCGAGCUCGAUCAACGAUUGGUCAGCCAAUCGAGACGGAGUACCCAGUUUCAUUAGAAACUCAAAUUGAUCAAUAUGAAAGAUUCGAACAAAAAUUUUGCAGAGCUUUGCUCGAGCUAAAGACCUCUCUUGGAAUUGAUACUUUAGGAUACUUGUACGAUCUAGAAGUCAUCACUUUAGAUCCCAAUAACAAAAUCUAUUUAAUAGUGUAUUGUGACCAAUGUGAUGAGGAAGAACUGAGAGAAAAUUGGGUUGGAAAAUACAUUUGGAGAUCACUGAGAAGUUUCGAGAACAUUCAUUCAUACUGUUUUUUGGAUUUGCCGUCAAAUUUGUACAAAUCCAAUGUAAAUAAGAUAGUUUGUUCGGGUGUAGAACCAGACGGGUUUACAACGGAUGAAAUCGGACGAGGACUGUCAAGUAAUGAAAAGCAAAAUGCCCUCGCGAGAGCACACAAAACAUUCUUGCCAUUUAGAUGGCCUUCACGAAUAUUAAAUUGGGCAAUGAAAGGUUACGUUUCAUUCACAAAUCCUUCUAUCCUGAGCACGUCCGACAGCAUCCUCCAACUGAAAAACUCAAUUUGUGAACUCUCUCAGAAAUAUGCAAUUGGAGACUCCAACGCUUGGGAGUCAAUAUAUAAUGCAAUAUCGAAGAAGGAUAAAAACAAAAAGAACAUCAAGAUUGCUAUAGAAGAAAAAGACAAAAGACUAAACAAAACGUCGACAAUAGAUCAGGCAGCUGAAAAUAUACCAGCUCAGGAGUUUGAGUUAUCUUGUAAUUUUAAACAUUUUAUUGAUGUUGAUUCUGCUGUUAUGCCGACCGCUAAAGAUGUUUGUAGCAACAUUGUGAACGAAAUAGUUGACCUGGCCUUAGUAGAAGCUAUAGAUUGGAGAGAGUAUCAAGUCACAGUAGAUGUAAUGGAAGAAAUGAUUAGCAUUAUUGAGAGCUUAGACACGAUUGUUUCAUCUGUGACAAUCUCCUAUGAUGCAGAGUGUUUUGUUGAAUUGAUCAAACAAGAAAGAGAACAGUUUCAAUUCGAAUUUAUUCACAAGUUUGAAGAAAUUAUUCAAUCUUCUGAAAGUAAGGGACCCACCAAAAAGACAGCUGUGGAAAUUGAAUGCAAUGCUUCAUAUGAAACAAUCAUAAGAAAUUCCGUCUCUCUCUUCAACGAUUCUAUAGAAAAUGCAGUGGCGAUGCUAAAUGCUGCAUCUUCUGGACAGGAUACUUUUGACUUAAUUAUUAACAUGGAAAUUUACGAUGAAGCAUGCCAAGAAAAAGAUAUCCUUAUAAGUCAAUGUGUCGAAAGUGAUGAACAUUUAAAUGCUAUUAGAAAUCUGUAUUCCCAUAAUGACACCUAUUUGCAAGAGUUGUCGAACGAAGAGGUAGUUUCCUCGAUGAUUUCUGAAUCGAGAAGUGAAAUCAACAGGCAAGAUGUAGCCGUUAAGAAGUUGGUAGAACAGAGAUUACAUACUUCGCCUCUAAAGAAACCCAUAAGAUCAGAAAUACCAACUAUAUCAAUACCUGAUAUUUUACAGUCGCUGGAUCAUGAAAAUGCAAGCCCAAAACAAGAAUCAAAAAAAUUGGAACCUUCUCUUACCCUGUUGUCGUUAGGGCAAGAGAAGAAAAUUCCUUUCGAGAUACAAGUUGAUGUUAAUAAUGGCGAUGUCAAUCACCCUGUGCGAAAAUUUUUGAGCCAAGCAGUGCUAGGCGUUUUUUCUUUGGAGUAUACAAGUGAUGUUGUAUCAAUAUUGGCCAACUAUCUCCAAUCAAAGAACGUUCGCACAUUUCUGAUAGAUUUGCAACUUAUGAUCGAUAACGACAAAAUUUUCAACAUCAAAAAGCUGUCACAACUUUCAAGACAGUAUGAAAUCCCUGAAAUAUACAUCCUGUGCACAAGAGCCUUAAAUUCUGAUUUGUAUUCGCUAACCAUUGAGCUUACCAAACCUUAUUUGGUGCGCUAUUCUCUUUCUACAUGGGCCAAAUGGGAGAAAGACCUUUCAUUUUUGCCAGAUUGUGAAAAGCUCUUUGACGUCAUGUAUUAUAUUCGGUUUAAAGUUGAUUUAGAUACUCUACUAGGACAUGGAACUCCCUACUCCAUGAAGGAAAACACAUGGAAGCAAUACUAUUCAGAACAACGUAUUACUGCAGUUCUAAGAGAUUCUACAACCUAUCUUAGAAAGCUUUAUCCUGAGAGUUGUUGGGACCAAUAUUAUCCAAUCAGUUCGAUUCAGGAAGGAAAUAUCGAUAUUAAGGACCAUCUUAAAAAUGAAAUUACAUGCUGGAAGACCAUCGGUAAGCAUGUAAAGAAACUAAGUUUUAAACUUUUUGGUUCUCUCGUUACAGAUCGAGAGCUCUUGAUCAUUUCCAAAUGCUGUCCACAUAUUGAAGAAAUCAAUCUUAAGAAUUGUUCCAUAACAAAAGAUGGUAUCAAAAAGUUCAUUUCAUUACUUGGAAACCCCCAAACACUUUCCAUCAAAACCAAGUUUUGGUGA